CCCCACUUGGCCAGCCUUGCGCAAUGAUCCCCGGACCGGACGGGUCACUCUGCACUAGCCGUCUUUGAUGGCCUGCCAUAAAUCCGCCAUGUACAGAUAGAUACAUAGCUCGACUACCGCGACCGUUCCAGAGAUUCCAAGUCCAGAUCUCCCAAUAUAAUUCAUUGUGCAGAACACAGACCGCUACUAUCAAUUGAGAGUCCUCGUCAGACAGCCCACUUCAAACCGGACUUCGAUCAUGCCCGGGCCAGACCGAGCCUCCGGCUUCAUGAACACAGCGUUAAAUGUGUCCUCCUCCGGCAGUAAACCCCGAGGCUUCAAAGCGAAGCCUGCCAAAAGAUCGCGGCCCCAGAAGCCAUGGUCCAUGUAUCCCGCGCUGCACGAACAGGUGCAGGCGCUCCUCGACGACAAGGGUCUGCAUUUCACAUUCCAUACCAGCGAUGAAGACGUGGGCGUCGUCCAGCACUAUGACACCAGGGUCAUGGGGCGGUUUGUCUGCCGCAAUGCUUCCUGUCAGGCCGGAGGGUGGUCCAGCAAGAUCAUCGCCAUCACGGUCCGCAUGUACUCGCCACGCGAGUACAACGCGCGCGUCUAUCACCAACACUGUCGGGGCUGCGGUUCCAUCAGCCGACCCGUCCUCGAUGAGUCCUCCUACGCAGAACGGAUCGCCUAUCGACUCCAGAAGUGGAGUGGCAUUCGGCAGCCGAAGCCCGAGUACUUCCAAGGCCAUUCCCGGCGCCCGCACAGUCGCGGCUUGUGCGAGGGCUGCAAGGCCGGUCACUGCAUAGAUAGGGCACAAAGUCAGGAUGAUGAAGAUGUGGAUGACUUGUGUAUAUCGAUGGCGAAGAUCCUGUAAGCUAAUCUGGCCAUGUGAGGAAGUAGUGGGGUCGAGGUUUGUCGGCCGUGUGGUCUAUACUGUUUCCCGUCAGGCUGGCUUGGUGGACUUGGACGUCCCCAUGGCUAGUGCAGUCUGACAAACAGAUGUUAGGCUAAAUGAAGGCAUCGACUGGGAUUGCGAUUUUGCUCCCAAAGAGUGUGAUCUAAUCGCUUGAGUGGACUGGCUUGCAAUCUCAACGGCUCUAAUGUCUACUCUAAUC